AUGAAAGAAGAUAUUGAGUAUGAGCAGAUGUUACUGUCUUGUGGGCGUUGCCAUCCUGAUAUCGUGAAUGCUAUUACAGAGCAAAACAAUCUUCUCCAGCAUGCAAUGACUAUAUACUUACACCAUGCUAUAGCUGACUUUGCUGAGGUUGUUUAUUUCGUCAAUUCUGGGACAGGAGCAAAUGAACUAGCAAUGUUGCUGGCCAGACUUUACAGUGGUAAUCUUGGCAUGAUUGCCCUAAGAAAUGCUUAUCAUGGUGGAAGCUUCAAUACAAUUGGACUGACUGCCCUAAACACAUGGAAGUACCCCAUACCACAGGGUGAAAUCCAUCAUGUUGUAAAUCCAGAUCCAUACCGUGGAAUUUUUGGGUCAAAUGCGGCCCUUUAUGCCAAAGACGUACAAGAUCACAUUGAUUUUGGAAGUUCAGGAACAGUUGCUGGUUUUAUAGCUGAAACCAUUCAGGGAGUUGGUGGAGCAGUGGAAUUAGCCCCUGGAUACUUAAAACAUGUUUAUGACAUUGUGUGCAAGGCUGGUGGUGUCUGCAUUGCCUGUUAUGCCUCUUCAAGAUGGUGUCUCGAAGAACUUGUGAAGAUAUUGGAGUUCAAGAAAGCGCAAAUUGAGGUGAGGCUAAUCUUGAAGAGGAAGCCGGUGCUUAAUGGGAACUGUAGAGGAAUCUCUGCAGUUCGCUCUCUGCGGUUCCUAUUGAUGAUGAUUCUUCUUUCCUUGCCGCCCCAGUUGCCGCCCUUUGAUUAUCAGCCUAAGCCUUACUUGGGUCCUUCUUCUGACAAGUUCUUGAGAAAAAAGCGCUUUUUGGGUCCUUCUCUGUUCUAUUACUAUCAAAAGCCUCUCAAUAUUGUUGAAGGGAAAAUGCUCUACUUGUUUGAUGAGAGCGGGAUGCAGUACCUGGAUGCUUUUGCUGGAAUAGUUACUGUGUCUUGUGGGCAUUGCCAUCCUGAUAUCGUGAAUGCGAUUACAGAGCAAAACAAUCUUCUCCAGCAUGCAACGACUAUAUACUUACACCAUACUAUAGCUGACUUUGCUGAGGCAUUAGCAUCAAAAAUGCCUGGAAACCUAAUGGUUGUGUAUUUCGUCAAUUCUGGGACAGAAGCAAAUGAACUAGCAAUGUUGAUGGCUAGACUUUACAGUGGUAAUCUUGGCAUGGUUGCCCUAAGAAAUGCUUAUCAUGGUGGAAGCUCCAAUACAAUUGGACUGACUGUCCUAAACAUGUGGAAGUACCCCAUACCACAGGGUGAAAUCUAUCCUGUUGUAAAUCCAGAUCCAUACCACAGAAUCUUUGGCCCGAAUGUGGCCCUUUAUGCCGAAGACGUACAAGAUCACAUUGAUUUUGGAAGUUCAGGAAAAGUUUCUGGUUUUAUAGCUGAAACCAUUCAGGGAGUUGGUGGAUCAGUGGAAUUGGCCUCUGGAUACUUAAAACAUGUUUAUGACAUUGUGCGCAAGGCUGGUGGUGUCUGCAUUGCUGAUGAAGUGCAAACUGGAUUUGGUCGCACUGGAAGCCACUACUGGGGCAUUCAGACACAAGGGGUCAUCCCCGACAUAGUUACCAUGGCAAAGGGAAUUGGCAAUGGUUUGCCAUUAGGAGCUGUAGUGACAACACCAGUGAUAGCUAGUGUAAUGGCUCAGAAGAUUCAGUUCAACACUUUUGGUGGAAACCCAGUAUGUUCUGCUGGGGGGCUUGCGGUGCUCAGGGUUAUUGAUAAAGAGAAGCGUCAAGCACAUUGUGCUGACAUUGGCUCUCACCUGAUUGGAUGCUUGAGAGCUCUACAAGAGAGACAUGAUAUCAUUGGAGAUGCGAGAGGGAGAGGACAGGUGGGAGUAGAAUUAGUAACUGAUAGGGAGGAGAAGACACCUGCAAAGGCUGAAACUGCAGUCUUCUUAUGAGAAGAGCUCUUAAUUCACAUUUUACAUUGACUCGUUGCAAUUGCAGAGCUGGGUGUUCUUCUUGGGAAAGGUGGACUGCAUGGAAAUGUUUUCAGAAUCAAACCACCAAUGUGUUUCACCAAAGAUGAUGCAGAUUUUCUUGUUGAUGCUUUGGACUAUGCAAUGUCAAAGUUAUGAGAGUAUUAGUCUUUUAAGAGCCUGGAAAAAUCAUGUAACUCUUCAAAUCCUUGGGAGUAUCAAUCUCUUCAGAAAGCUUAUUUUCAAUAAUACGCACGUACGUCAGCAUCAAAGAUUUGCAAUGUCUAUAUACAUCUUUCACAGAAUGAUUGUGAUAAUUUUGA